CCAUUUUUUGUCACUUUUUUUCACCCCUCCCUCCCCCGCCAACAUCCUUUGUCAGCUGGUUAGACAAGGAGACAUUUGGGAGCCUCAAAGAAAAUAUGAAAACAACUGGUUGACACUAAGUUGAGAGAAGCUCAGCUCAAUUAGCGUGACGUAUGCCCUCUACUGUCAGUCAACAACAAAGUUAGACACCACAGUUAAACUUCCACCAUUUAAACCAGUUUCUUUUCAUGUUUUAGCUUUGACAUUAUUUAAGGACAAAAACAAAUCCAACGCAUUACUUCACUCACUGACCACUGGUCACAGGGUGUUCUGGCACAUAUGCAUGUAAAGGUUACCCAUGCAUGUAGGUCAGAUAUUUCACCAGACAGUGCUGUUGUUUCCUGUUGACUUUAGCCUGUUUUUCCCAGAGCUGUAAUAACAGCGUAAAGACACUGAUUCCACUGUAGCUGACACCUGGUUUAGAGACAUGAAGCCGCAGAGUUUUCUCUGUGUCCUGUUUGUAUUUGAGUGUCAGCUUAACAGGAUAGGGCCUCACUAGAGGUCACUUCCAGUGAAAUAAGUGUGUUUGCACGUGCAACAUGUCUUCAACUGGACCAUUGUCAUUUUGUUUAUGGUUGAUUCUGUUGACAUGGACGUCUAUGAUUUUAACCUGGUGAUGUUGUUGUUUAAUCAUCUGUUCAAAUGUAGGGCAGUGAUAUAUUUGUAUCUUAACAUCCAAUGCAAUGAACCAUAGACAGUGCAGCAUGUCAACAGACGACCCCCCACACCCCCAUGACAUACAGAGUGUGGACAGUGUCCAACUGGUGGACAGUUGUUGACAACAUCAGUCCUGUUGUUCAAGGUUUCCAUGGAUAUUUGUGGCAGUGUAGAGGAUUGUCUUUGGAGGACAAAUCUGUAAAUCAGACUGAGCUGUCUAAGUUUUCAUGCUCUUGUCAUUACGAUGUAUAUUGGUGGUAAAGUAUGACACUAAUAAAUUUGUUAGAUUGAAACUCCGAAGGUGGGAGUGAAACAAAAAAUCAGGUUCUGGAAGAUUUCUGUGCAUCAAUUCCUGCUUAGAAUCUUUCAUAGAAAAUACUGUCUUUUCAAUAAACUGUGCAAUUAAGGGCUUCAACUACAGUUUAACAUUAUUGUCUAUUUUAUUGAGGUAUGAAAUUAACUUUAGAAAGAUAUUAAGAUACUAGUGAGCGAGACAGUAAGCUCUUCAGAGUGAUCUUACUUUUUCCAUAGAUGUAAGUAUUUAUGAGGCGUUACCACUAGGGGGGAUUUAACUUCUAUACUGUCUGUAGUUUUUAAUUGUAUAUUGGAUUGUUCCUUUUCUUUAUCUAAGGACCAGCACGAGGGGCAGGUUGACAGGAGGAAAAUGACAGUAACAACAAUAGAGCAGAAUUAAUUUAUGUGAAAUAUAAUUCCUAAACGAUACACACACAGGACACGAACAUGUAUCUAAACAGACCUGCUCAUCGUGGCCCUAGUCUGUGAGGAGGAUUUGUUUCAGAGUUUUGUUCAUGAAACCGAAUGUUAAAAUAUUUGUGCAGGUUUCACAGCAGCAUGUUUUCAGCUCUGUUCACAGGCUUUAUUCCAGGUUUUGUUUUGCUCGCCUUUUUUUCUGACAGGAACUGACACAGGAAGGAAAAGAAGAGUAGUCACUGUGGGAUUAUUUUAAGCGUGGCCCAAAUAUUUACUCACAACAGAUGUGUUCCCUCCUUCAUGCAAAGACAUAUUUUGUAUGAACUGUACAGGUCACAAUUUCAUUUCGACAUUUUAAUGUUCAUUGACAUGAACUGAACUGAAGACCUUGAUAAAAAGAUAAAACUAAAAGUCACUCAUCUAAACUUGUGUCAACCUUUUCUAAAGUGUUUUUUUUUUUUUUGUAAAAUUAAUUCCUGAUUAAAGCCAGUGGUGCCUUUGGUGUCCUAGGGAGUACAGCACUCACAGCUGUAAUGCAUUUAUACAAGCAGCUUAAUGCAUUACUUUUUGUAUAAAUCUAUCAGAGCUGUAGUUCACACCACAUAUUAUGGCCCUCCUCUUCUCCUCCCACCCCCCUCCUCUCCCCUACACCCUGCCUGUCAGGUGUUGUUUGGCCUGCUGUGGUUUAUGAGCCUGGUUUGUUUUGUGACGGGACAAUCACAGUCCAGUUUGGGUAGAAGAUGCCAGUGAAAAGCGUUGCCUGAGUCAUACAAAAUGUCCUCCACUUCAUUGAUAUGGAGAUGGAGCUCAGCUGGCUGCCCAUUGAGUUUGUACUGUAUACUGUUGUUGCCUCACAAGAACUCUGACACACAUUUACCACACUGAAAAGGGGCUUUAAUUCUUUUUUGUAAAGUCGAUCUCUUUCACUGUCACCCCUUCGCUCCUCGUCUCUUAUUCCUCCUUACGUUCACAGCCACAGUGACAACAGGCUGUAGAGACACAGUCACAGAGACCAGCGUCGAUGUGGGAAACAGUGAGCAGCACUGGCUAAUGUAAAAAAAAAAAAAAGCUUCUUAGUAAAUAAAGAAUGUAAAUUUGAAUGUGGAGCUCUUAAAAAGAAAAAAAUAUUUAAAACAUGAAAAAACUUCUUAACUUUUAAAAUAGAUACAUGAAUGACUUUUAUUUUUUUGCAUUUUUGCCCUUUAGUUGUCUGUGAGCUAUUCCUGGACUCAUUUGGCUAUUUAUUUGUUUUUUAUAUACUGUAUAUCUGUAUAAUUUCUACUACAUCAUUAUUCAUUUCUCAAAAUAUUAUUAUUACACAAUAUUUAUUUUUAUUGCCAACCUUUAGUUUCCUGGCCAAAUUUCUGUUUAACUUUCAUAAUUUUUGGACAUUUUCGGUGAAUAUUUAGGCAUUUGUACUCUAAGAUACUGUAUCGCUACUCCCUAGAUACAUAUAUAAUAUAACUUAUUUAAAGAUGUCAUUAUUAAAAAAUCAACAAACGUCACCGGCUGCACAGACCUGACGGAGCACAUGACUUAUCUAUAUAUGCUUGUUACAGCUGAUUUUCACCCCUCCCCCACAUCAGUAUUAGUUGUGAGUUAUUUGUUCCUGCUGGAUCAGUCAGAUAUGUGACCUGGCCCACUCACAUGCACACAUCAGCAGGACAGACCUCCCUCCAAACACGAGGUCGAGGUAACACAUAUAGGACAAGACAGGACCAAGGUUCUUGCUCUGUGACUUUUUUUAAUAAUUCUUUUUAUUGAAUUUAAAUAGGUGAUAUACAUAAACAGAAGCAGCUGUUUGACUUCAACAGAUCUUUGAUAUAUGGAAAGGUUAUUCCACCUUAUGUAUGACAACAACAGGAACGCUGCCUUUUGGAAAUUCCUAUGAUUUGCUGUUUUGCUGCACUUAUCUGUGAACCACAACAUGGCUGCACUUUCCAUGCUGCUCCAUUUGCAUAACAUGGGCUUUCUAAGGGACAGGAGAGGUCAUCUGGCGGCAGAACCUUAUCAGACAUCGAACAACGCUGGUAGGUCAUUCAAGAAAGCACUGUAGAAGAAAGAUUACACAAAAAGGACAGGAGUGUUAAUUUUCUUUGGUGUUUUGGACAGGCUUUUCAAAUGCAUUUGGACCUGAUGUCAGUGCCUUAAAAAGAUAGCAGCAGCAGCUGAGAGUGACACUGCAUGUAACGUUGGAUUGUUCCUCAUGUUGGCCUUGCAUUGUAGUUCUUUCUAUUUUUUUACGCAUAUGUUAAGCCUUACAGUGGUUUUUACACAAUUAGAAAACAAAACUGCCCUCUCUUUUCAACCCCUUUUCCUUUGAUUUUAUACUUGGAGAGCAAACAAUGAACCCUAAUUUCUCCCUUGGAGUUAACUGUGAAUGAGCUCUUUGUUUCCUCGCCUCAGUAAGAGGAAUCUGGGCCCCCUGGGAAUGGAUUUACUGUAACUUCUCUUAAAGCUUAAAUACAAUUCAAAUGAAUUAAUUAUAGACUUUGCAUGACAAAUAGAGGCAGCUCUCAAAAUAAGCCCCCGAAGAAGGACACAGUUGGUUUUGGAAGUGACUCAAUGUUAUUAGAAAUGUCUAAAGGAAAGUGAGGCUUCAGAUGAUUUCUAAUGUCAGUAAAUAUGUUGUGGUUUAAAUCAGCAGUUACAUAUUUUUAUCAUCUUUAACAGAAGAUCAAUUCUGUAGAAUGAACUCAUAGUUUGAUUAAGGUGUGGUUGAAAGUGUGAUGUGACAGAGAAGACUAAUCCAUGUACACGAUUAUAAAACAAAAUAGCACUCAAAUGACUAAAUGACACGUCCCACUGGGCCUCGACUCUGUCAUAUCGGACAAGGUUAAUAUUUUUCUGAGAAAAUCUAUAAUGCGUAUCCGUGUUCAGAUCAAUGAUAUCAGUACCUUCUUCCUGUCAUACAGUGACCUUCAUUCUAAGAAAAUCUGACCAGUGGUUUAGUUAUACCGACCUAACUAUAAGAUGGAAAAGAUACAACUGAAGAUACGAAUGAACCAUCUGUGUGAGAAUUCACCCGUGUCUGCAGAGACAGAAACAACCCCGGCGGUGAUCAUGAUGAAUAAACUCGUAUAAAUCUGUUUAAGAAGGUGAUUAUUUACAUUACAAUCCUCUGUGUGAUGAAGUGUGUUUGCUCAAUAGCAGGAUCUGAGUGUAAUUUAGUGAAGGGAUUAGAACCAAUCAUCAUUAAAGAUCAUUUCACCAGCAACUCCUCCAGGGACAAACUGUUUUUUGGCUUCAACUUUUUCUCUCAGUGAGUAGCUGCUGUAAAUACUCACACAGCGAAAGAGGAGACCGCUAAAUGCAAAGCAGCACUUGUUAGUAAAUCUUGAUUUGGGGAGGGGCUGGUGACAUGUGGGGACAUGGCAAAGAAAAGCCAUUUGGUGAAGGCAAAAAACAGAGGCUGCCAGCUCACUGGGUGGCAGGGCGGUGGCCAGUCGGACCGUUGUCCACUGCAUACGGUUGUAUGGUUAGAAAGCUAUGGUGACGACCGAUGUGGACCUAUGUUAGGUUUAGUGUAUGCUACGUUUUGGCAGGACGGUCCACUGAAGCUUUUGGUUUACAAUGGCAGUGUUGGAUAACCACUGCUGGCAGUACGCCCAGGCUGGAAAAACCCUCAUCAGACUCUCAGGUAGAGCGCUGAAUCCCCUCCUGCCCCUCGGGUUUCAUCGCAAUGAGGACAUGAAGGCCAUCGAUGUGCUUCCUAUUCUCAAGGAAAAGAUCGCCUUCCUCUCAGGUGGAAGAGACAGACGUGGAGGCCCUGUUCUCACUUUUCCCGCAAGAAGCAACCAUGAUAGAAUACGACCUGAAGACCUGCGGAGGCUGAUAGCCUACCUGGCUACAAUACCUAGUGAGGAGGUGGUCAGACAUGGCUUCACAGUCAUCGUGGACAUGCGCGGCUCCAAGUGGGACAGCAUCAAGCCCUUACUGAAGAUCCUCCAGGAGUCUUUCCCUUCCUGCAUCCACGUAGCCCUCAUUAUCAAGCCAGACAACUUCUGGCAGAAGCAGAGGACCAACUUCGGCAGCUCCAAGUUUGAAUUUGAGACGGUGAUGGUCUCCCUGGAGGGUUUAUCUAAGAUUGUGGACCCGUCACAGCUGACAGCUGACUUUGAGGGCAGCUUAGAGUACAACCAUGAUGACUGGAUUGAGGUGCGACUCUCAUUCGAGACCUUCGCCAGCGAUGCCACACGAGCUCUGUCUCGCCUCGAAGAGCUCCAAGAAACUUUGUCUCAGCGUGAUCUCCCUCGGGACCUAGAGGGUGCUCGACGGCUCAUGGAAGAACAUGCUGCGCUAAAGAAAAGGGCCACAAAGGCUUCCGUAGAGGAGCUGGACACACAAGGACGACGGCUGCUACAGAGGCUACAGUCACAAACUGCAGGGGGAGGGGGGACUUGUGAAAGUGGGUAUGGUAACAGGGCUGGAGGAGCUAGUGGAGACCUCAAUGACCACCAUCAUGGGUACCACACGCACGCAGAUGCACACAACCUGGUGGCUAAGGUGACAGGUUUGCUAGAUAAGCUGCAUGGGACGCGGCAGAAUUUGCAGCAGCUCUGGCACAUGAGGAAACUGAAGUUGGACCAGUGUUUCCAGCUGCGACUCUUUGAACAGGAUGCUGAGAAGAUGUUUGACUGGAUCAUGCACAACAAGGGGCUUUUCCUUACCAGUUACACUGAGAUCGGAGGAAACCAUCAGCAUGCUGUUGAACUACAGACACAGCACAACCACUUUGCAAUGAACUGCAUGAACGUGUACGUGAACAUCAAUCGGAUCAUGUCCGUGGGGAACCGGCUUCUGGAGUCAGGUCAUUAUGCCUCGCAGCAGAUCCAGCAGAUCUCAGGUCAGCUGGAGCAGGAGUGGAAAGCCUUCGCUGCUGCCCUAGAUGAGCGCAGCACGCUGCUGGAGAUGUCAGCCAGCUUCCACCAGAAAGCUGACCAGUACAUGAGUAAAGUGGAGCCAUGGUGUAAAGCGUGUGGUGAAGGAGAGUUGCCCUCUGAACUCCAGGACCUGGAGGACACAAUCCACCACCACCAGGGUUUAUAUGAGCACAUUACCACUGCAUAUUCUGAGGUAAGUCAGGACGGCAAGUCUCUCCUGGAUAAACUACAGCGACCUCUGACCCCAGGAAGUGCAGAUUCACUCAUGUCCUCAGCAAACUACUCCAAGGCUGUCCACCAUGUUCUGGACAUCAUCCAUGAAGUACUGCAUCACCAGAGGCAGCUGGAGAACAUCUGGCAGCACCGCAAAGUUCGCCUGCACCAGCGUCUGCAGCUGUGUGUCUUUCAGGCGGGUGUUCAACAGGUGCUGGACUGGAUAGAGAACCAUGGUGAGGCCUUCCUCAGUAAACAUACAGGCGUUGGCAAAUCUCUGCACAGAGCCAGGGCUCUGCAGAAGAGACACGAGGACUUUGAGGAGGUAGCACAGAAUACCUAUACCAAUGCAGACAAGCUGCUGGAGGCAGCGGAGCAGUUGGCCCAGACUGGAGAGUGUGACCCAGAGGAAAUUUACCAGGCAGCCCACCAGCUGGAAGACCGCAUCCAGGACUUUGUGCGGCGUGUGGAGCAACGCAAAGUCCUGCUGGACAUGUCUGUGGUCUUUCACACACAUGUCAAAGAGCUGUGGACGUGGUUGGAGGAGCUUCAGAAAGAGCUGCUGGACGACGUAUACGCCGAGUCUGUGGAGGCAGUGCAAGAUCUGAUCAAACGUUUUGGCCAGCAGCAGCAGACGACUCUGCAGGCUACUGUCAAUGUCAUUAAGGAAGGAGAGGACCUCAUCCAGCAGCUCAGAGACUCAGCCAUUUCCAGCAAUAAGACACCACACAACAGCUCCAUGGCCCACAUCGAGAGUGUGCUGCAGCAGCUGGACGAGGCACAGGGCCAGAUGGAGGAGCUGUUCCAGGAAAGGAAAAUCAAACUCGAGCUUUUCCUCCAGCUCCGCAUCUUUGAGAGAGACGCAAUUGAUAUCAUCUCAGACCUGGAGUCAUGGAACGAGGAGCUGUCGCAGCAGAUGAGCGACUUUGACACUGAAGACCUGACGCUGGCCGAGCAGAGGCUACAACACCAUGCAGACAAGGCGCUCACUAUGAACAACCUCACCUUUGACGUCAUCCACCAGGGGCAGGAGCUGCUGCAGUAUGUCACAGAGGUGCAGGCCUCCGGUGUGGAGCUGUUAUGCGACAGAGAUGUGGACAUGGCCACUCGGGUUCAGGACCUGCUGGAGUUCCUCCACGAGAAGCAGCAGGAGUUGGACGUGGCGGCGGAGCAGCACCGGAGACACCUGGAGCAGUGUGUCCAGCUGAGACAUCUGCAGGCUGAAGUCAAGCAGGUGCUGGGAUGGAUCCGAAAUGGAGAGUCGAUGCUCAACGCUGGCCUGAUCACAGCCAGUUCACUGCAGGAAGCCGAGCAGUUGCAGAAGGAACAUGAACAAUUCCAACAUGCAAUAGAGAAAACUCAUCAGAGUGCACUACAGGUCCAGCAGAAGGCUGAGGCGUUGCUCCAGGCCAACCACUAUGAUAUGGAUAUGAUCAGAGACUGUGCAGAAAAGGUGGCAGAUCACUGGCAGCAGCUAAUGCUAAAGAUGGAGGAUCGGCUCAAGCUGGUCAAUGCUUCUGUGGCCUUUUACAAAACGUCUGAACAGGUGUGCAGUGUCCUGGAAAGUCUGGAGCAGGAGUACAAGAGAGAAGAAGACUGGUGUGGUGGUGCUGACAAACUGGGCCCGAACAGUGAGACAGACCAUGUCACCCCCAUGAUCAGCAAACAUUUGGAGCAGAAGGAAGCUUUUCUCAAGGCCUGUACAUUAGCCAGACGUAACGCUGACGUCUUCUUGAAGUACCUGCACAGGAACAGUGUUAACAUGCCCGGCAUGUUGUCCCAUGUCAAAGCUCCAGAGACUCAGGUUAAGAAUAUCUUGAAUGAGCUGCUGCAGAGGGAGAACAGAGUGCUCCACUUUUGGACCAUGAGGAAACGGAGAUUGGACCAGUGCCAGCAAUAUGUCGUGUUUGAACGCAGCGCCAAACAGGCCCUGGAGUGGAUCCAUGACACCGGGGAGUUUUACCUGUCCACACACACCUCCACAGGCUCCAGUAUUCACCACACACAGGAGCUGCUGAAGGAACACGAAGAAUUCCAGAUCACAGCAAAGCAAACCAAAGAGAGGGUAAAGCUGUUGAUCCAGCUGGCGGAUGGGUUUUGUGACAAGGGGCACGCCCAUGCCCUGGAGAUAAAGAAAUGGGUCUCUUCAGUGGACAAACGCUACAGGGACUUUUCUCUUCGCAUGGACAAAUACCGGACCUGCCUGGAAACUGCACUCGGCAUUACAUCGGAUUCAAACAAGGCCAGUAAAGAGUUGCAGUUGGACAUCAUCCCAGCAAGUGCUCCGGGGUCAGAGGUCAAGUUGAGGGAUGCUGCCCAUGAGCUCAACGAGGAGAAGAGAAAGUCUGCGAGAAGAAAAGAAUUCAUAAUGGCUGAGCUGAUCCAGACAGAGAAGGCCUAUGUCAGAGACCUACGGGAAUGUCUGGAUACAUACCUGUGGGAAAUGACCAGCGGUGUGGAGGAAAUUCCUCCAGGAAUUGUCAACAAGGAGCACAUCAUCUUUGGGAACAUGCAAGAUCUCUAUGAGUUUCAUCACAACAUCUUCCUUAAAGAGUUGGAAAAGUAUGAGCAGCUUCCAGAGGACGUCGGACAUUGCUUUGUAACUUGGGCUGAUAAAUUCCAAAUGUACGUGAAUUACUGUAAGAAUAAACCUGACUCCACUCAGCUCAUCCUGGAACAUGCUGGAGCCUACUUUGAUGAAAUCCAGCAGAGGCAUCGUCUGGCCAACUCCAUCUCUUCGUACCUGAUUAAACCAGUCCAGAGAAUCACAAAGUACCAGCUGCUCCUCAAGGAGCUGUUGACCUGCUGCGAAGAGGGAAAAGGUGAAAUCAAGGACGGUCUUGAAGUUAUGCUCAGCGUCCCUAAGAGAGCUAAUGAUGCAAUGCACCUCUCUAUGUUGGAUGGUUUUGAUGGAAACAUAGACUCGCAGGGAGAGCUGAUCCUCCAGGAGUCCUUCCAGGUCUGGGAUCCCAAGACUCUUAUUCGUAAAGGUCGUGACCGACACCUGUUCCUGUUUGAGAUGUCGCUGGUCUUCAGCAAAGAAGUGAAAGAUUCCAACGGCCGCAGCAAAUAUCUCUACAAGAGCAAACUUUUUACAUCAGAGCUCGGUGUGACAGAACACGUGGAGGGAGAUCCGUGUAAGUUUGCCCUGUGGGUGGGCAGGACCCCGACCUCAGACAAUAAGAUCGUUCUUAAGGCUUCAAGCAUUGAAAACAAGCAGGACUGGAUCAAGCACAUCAGAGAAGUGAUCCAGGAGAGAACUGCUCACCUGCGUGGAGCUCUGAAGGAGCCCAUCCACAUCCCCAAAACCACCACAGCCAAACAUAAAGGCAGAAGGGAUGGAGAGGAGUUUGACAUUCAUGGAGAUGCCAGCAGCCAACCUGACACCAUUUCUAUUGCCUCGCGUACAUCCCAGAAUACACUGGACAGUGACAAGCUGUCCGGUGGCUGUGAGUUGACUGUGGUAAUCCACGACUUUGUGGCCAGUAAUGGCAGCAGCAGUGGGGAGCUGACGGUGCGCAGAGGUCAGACCGUGGAGGUCCUGGAGCGACUCCACGAUAAGCCCGACUGGUGCCUGGUGCGGACCACAGAUCGCUCUCCAGCUCAGGAGGGCAUCGUCCCCUGCUCCAUGCUCUGCAUCGCUCACUCCAGGUCCUCCAUGGAGAUGGAGGGUCUCUUCAACCACAAAGACACCCUGUCAGUGUCCAGUAACGACACGCUGCAGCCAGGCUCCAGUCAGACCCUUGGCCCCCACAGCUCACCAGGGCCCAAACGUCCAGGGAACACUCUGAGGAAGUGGCUGACCAGUCCAGUGAGGCGGCUCAGCUCUGGAAAGGCCGAUGGUCACGUGAAGAAGCUCGCCCACAAGCACAAGAAGAACCGUGAUGGGGCACGGAAGAAUAUGGACAUAAUUCCUGGCUCGCAGAAGGAUUCUGAUGACAGUGCUGCCACACCGCAGGACGAGACGCUGGAGGAGCGUAUGCGCAACGAGGGCCUGAGCAGCGGAACCUUGUCCAAGUCCUCCUCUUCAGGCAUGCAGAGCUGUGGUGAGGAGGAAGGAGAAGAGGGGGCCGAUGCCGUCCCCCUGCCUCCACCCAUGGCCAUUCAACAACACAGUCUGCUUCAGCCCGACUCCCAGGACGACAAGUCUGCCUGUCGUCUGUCCACUCGUCCCAGCAGCUCAGAGACGCCCAGUGCUGCUGAACUGGUCAGUGCCAUCGAGGAGCUGGUGAAAAGCAAAAUGUCCCUGGAGGAUCGACCCAGCUCUCUGUCAGUAGAACAAGGCGACAGCAGCUCUCCUUCUUUUAACCCCUCUGACAACUCACUCCUCUCCUCUUCCUCACCCAUCGAUGAGCUUGAUGAGCGCAAGUCUGGCUUCCUCAAGAGGAGACAUUAUGUGCUUCUGGAGCUGGUCGAGACUGAACGAGACUAUGUCAGGGACCUGGGAUCUGUGGUUGAGGGCUACAUGAGUAGAAUGAAAGAGGAGGGUGUUCCUGAUGACAUGAGAGGAAAAGACAAGAUAGUCUUUGGAAACAUCCAUCAGAUUUAUGACUGGCACAAAGAUUUUUUCCUGGGAGAACUUGAGAAAUGUUUGGAAGAUCCAGACAGGCUCGCGACAUUGUUUGUCAAACAGGAGCGGAGGCUGCACAUGUACAUCGUGUACUGUCAGAACAAGCCCAAAUCAGAGCACAUUGUGUCAGAGUACAUAGACACCUACUUUGAAGACCUGAAGCAGCGUCUGGGCCACAGGCUGCAGAUCACUGAUCUGCUCAUCAAACCAGUUCAGCGCAUCAUGAAGUACCAGCUGUUACUGAAGGAUCUUCUCAAAAUCUCUAAGAAGGCUGCAGUUGACACAUCCGAGUUGGAGAAAGCUGUGGAGGUGAUGUGUGUGGUCCCCAAACGCUGCAACGACAUGAUGAAUGUUGGCCGCCUGCAAGGCUUUGAUGGUAAAAUUGUGGCUCAGGGUCGAUUGCUCCUCCAGGACACUUUCAUGGUCUCCGACCAGGACGGAGGACUUCUGUCCAGAAUGAAAGAGAGGAGAGUCUUCUUGUUUGAGCAGAUUGUCAUUUUCAGUGAACCUCUAGACAAAAAGAAGGGCUUCUCCACUCCUGGCUACCUCUUUAAGAACAGCAUCAAGGUGAGCUGGCUGGGUCUAGAAGAAAAUGCAGACGAUCCCUGCAAGUUUACACUUACUUCCAGAUCAACCAGUGGUAACAUAGAGAGGUACACUCUCCACUCAACCAGCCCUGGGGUCAGUCAGGUCUGGGUCCACCAGGUCAGCCAGAUACUGGAGAACCAGCGGAAUUUCCUCAACGCUCUGACAUCCCCUAUAGAGUACCAGAGGAACCACGUGGGUGGCAGUGGGUCUGGUGGUCCACCCAGCGGUAGCAGCACUGGUGGUCUGCCGGGAGGCAGCAGCUCCAAUACGAGCUCCAACAUGGGAGGAGGAGGCGGGGGUGGAUCGGGAGGAUCAGGGGGCAAUUCCUCUUCUCUGUGCGGUCCUCGCUCUAGACCUUCCCGUAUCCCCCAGCCGUCCUCACGUCUCCCCCAGCCUGUACACCACCAUCAUCAACCCCUGGGCCCCGAGGGGCCCGACAGAUCAGCAGGUAUGUGGUCCCCCUGCCACCCUCAUCCCCACCCCUCUAACCCUUUCUCUGACUCUACCACCACAAACGGAGACGUGGUGGCCUCAGAGAUGCGUAGGGUGAAGAUGGCGGACAACUCUCACGGAAAUAACAGUAAUAACAGUAACAGGUCAUCAGGCAGCUCGGAGGGCAGACAGGCUCUAGGAGGAAAUGAAGAAACACAAAAACAUAAACUAGCUGGAAUUCCACAGAUGGCUGUGGCUCCACUGAAUUUGCCCCAAAAAAACCCCAAAGUUGGGACAGUCUCUCCUCUGAUAUCACCUCAGCCUCCUGUGGGAGGAGUAAACGGAGGGAAGGACUCCUUUGUCCCCUCCAGUCCGGCUCACAAAGGCAACACUUUCUGGGCUAUGGUCCCCAACAUUCCUCCCUCUCAUGGCAGCAGGCCUGGCUCCUUCUCCUACCCCAGUGACAGCAAUGGUGGAGGGGGAGACUCUCUGGGCCGAGGGAGUCAUGGGACGCCCUCUCAUCACCGUCACUCCACCCACAGUAAGGACAUAGACCGCAUGAGCACCUGCUCCUCCACCAGCGAGCAGUCCAUACAGUCCACACAGAGCAACGGGAGUGAAAGCAGUAGCAGCAGCAGUGUGUCCACCAUGUUGGUGACCCAGGACUAUGUGGCAGUGAAGGAGGAUGAGAUCAGUGUGGUGCAGGGUGAAGUGGUCCAGAUCCUGGCCAGCAACCAGCAGAACAUGUUCCUGGUUUACAGGGCGGCCAACGAGCACUGUCCUGCAGCAGAAGGCUGGAUUCCUGGCUUCGUGUUGGGACACACCUCAUCCUCCGUCACAUCUGAUCUCUCAGAAGGAACCAUCAAGAAAUCCCUAUCAUGGCAUACAGCGCUUCGCAUCCGUAGAAAAUCAGAGAAAAGAGACAAAGAAGGAAGGAAGUUGGAGAACGGCUACCGUAGGUCUCAGGACGGCUUAGCCAACAAGGUCUCUGUCAAGCUUCUCAAUCCUAACUUCAUUUAUGAUGCUCCUCCUGAAUUCCUCAUCUCCGUCAGUGAUGUGACAUGUGACAGCGGUGACAGUGUGACUCUCAGAUGUAAAGUGUGUGGUCGACCUCGAGCAACAGUCAGCUGGAGAGGACCUGACAACAACCCUCUCAGUAACAACGGGCACUACAGCAUCACAUACAGUGAGACAGGUGAAGCAGCCCUGCGGAUCCUUGGUGCGUCUGUGGACGACAGUGGUGUUUACACCUGUGUUGCCACAAAUGUUGCCGGUUCUGCUACUUCCUCUGCCAGCCUCAGAGUCUCAGGAUUUCCUGAUGAUGGCAGUGAAUACCUCUGGAAAGGCAGCUUUGAGUCCCACUACACAGAGAUCACUGAGCUGGGAAGGGGUCGGUUCUCAGUGACUAAACGCUGUGACCAGUUGGGAAGUAAACGCACAGUCGCCGCCAAACAUGUCAACAAGAAGCUGCUGCGGCGGGAGCAGGUUCUGCAGGAGGUCAGACUCCUCCAGACUGUGGAUCACCCCAACCUGGUCAAACUGCUGGACACGUACGAGACCGGCAACAGCUACGUGCUCGUACUGGAGAUGGCGGAUCAGGGUCGGUUCCUGGACUACAUAGUCAGCUGGGGAAACUUGACUGAGGAGAAAGUCGCUCUCUACCUGAGAGACAUUCUUGAAGCUCUUCACUACCUGCACGGCUGGAGGAUAGCACACCUCGAUCUCAAACCUGAGAACAUUGUUGUGGAACAUGCAUCUUCUCAGCCGGUGGUGAAGCUGACAGACUUUGGUGAUGCCGUUCAGCUGAAUCCUCCCUCCUCCCACAUCCACCCUCUGCUGGGCAGUCCGGAGUUCUCUGCUCCUGAGCUGGUCCUGGGUCAGCCCGUCUCGACACACUCUGACCUCUGGAGCUUAGGCGUGUUGACCUACGUGAUCCUGAGCGGCGCGUCUCCUUUCCUGGACGAGAGUUUGGAGGAGACUUGUCUGAACAUCUGUCGUCUGGACUUCAGUUUCCCCGAGGACUACUUCCAGGGUGUGAGUCCAGCGGCCAGAGACUUUGUGCGGCUGCUUCUUCAGAUUGAGCCGGAGCGCCGACCCUCUGCGACAUGCCUCCUGCAGGAGCCCUGGCUCCAGCCCCACAGAGGAGUGAUGAGCAGGGACAACGGACACAACAGCUUCACUCAACCACACCAGAAUCACCUGGACACCUCCAGACUCAUUUCCUUCAUCGAGAGACGGAAACACCAGAACGACGCUCGGCCCAUCGGCUCCAUUAAAUCCUUCCUGCAGAGCCGGCUGCUCAACCACAUGUGAGAAGACGCGCGGUCAAAGCUGCUGAGAUAUUGACCAGAGAGUUGUCCCACGAUUUCCUUUUCCCUCACUUGACCACAAAUGUCCUGCUGCUGCUGACUGACUACUCUGCUGAUGAAACAAAUUUGACUCUUCCCACCGACUUUCCUUCUCCUAAAUCUUGGCAUAUCAUCUUUAUGCCGGCACAACUAAAACAAACUGCUGGAAGCCGCUUGAGUGAUUCCACUUUCUGACUUAGCAGGGAAAAAAAAUCAAAUAAAAACAGAGCUUUCUCAACAAGUCAGUGUGAGCAAGCCUCACGCUCUGGACAGUGUUAAACAGAGAAACUAGAAUACUGUAUGAUAAGAGUAAUUCAGGCUGCUUUUGGUUGAAGACAUUACAAUGUUUUGGGUUUUUUUGUAAUGAGAGAUUACUUUUUGUAAACGAAACCAUGUACAGCGAGGAAACAGAACAGUCUCUAUUCAUGCCUUUGAGGAGAAUCAAAGGUAAAGUGAGUGAGCUGAGAGAAUUCUGAGAUGUGUGAACAAAAAUCUAGAUGAAGACCAAAAUCACGUUUUCCACAAACACCUUGUAGUUAAGUUAUGUUCAGUGCAAUAGUUUGCUUCUGUCUUUACGUCCCGGCCCGUUUGGUUUUGAAGUGUGAAGUCACCAUUGAACGAUAGUGAAAAUGUGUUUUAACCUGCGUUUGCCUUAGUUGUAAAUAAUGUACAGUCUCUCUGCCUUCCAUUACCAUUUCAAAGACGUUUUCAAUAAUAACAUUGAAAAGAAGCUGUUUAUUUUAAUGAGCUGCGGUUUGUGGAGCUACAGUUGGGGAUAAAAUGAUUAUUAUCCAUGAUGUAUGUAAUUUUAUUAGUUUAAAUGCAGCAUUUUGGAGUAUUUGGGCUUGAGUUACCAGGUUUAUAGUUUGUUUGAUGACAGAAACAAUGUUUUCCAAAACUCCAAAAAAAUACUAAGGUCAGAAUUCUUAGUCCCAUUGAUCCUAAUAGUUGCUUUUACACCAUAUUUGGAUUAAAAGGAGUCGUGCAUUGGCUUUUUUAAAAGGUGACCGACAAAUAUUCGACGGCUAGAUCUAAAUCCAAUUCCAAUUCUAGAUCUAAAUCCAAUUCUCGAAACGUUUUUCCCUUAUCAAUUAGAUAAUUGUUUCCCAAAGACUGAGUCGCGAACCUCAGGUAGAUCACAAGAGGGUUUUUUUUGGGUCGCCUCGCAUCAUGUUUCCCAGGAGUUUACGAGUAAUGUCUAUUGACUUGGGUUGUGAAGGUUUGUGACUUUUAAAAUAUGGGUCCCCAGAAAAAAGGUUUUUGGGAAACACUGAAUAAGCACUUUGUCUAAAACUAUAGUUAAACUUAAACAUUUAGAGCAUUACAGUGUUAACGCUAAUGAUUGGUUCAAGCGAUAAUUUCUACCUUAGUGAUUUUGAAGUUUUGUGAAAUAUUUUGUUUCCGUCUGUGAAUAAAUCAGGAUCAGCUCCCAAAACAACGUUAGCUAUGUUUAGAUUUGUUCUGACCUAGGUUAAAAAAAACAACCUGGAAAGAACUGACUUCCUCCAGUAAUUUAGUCCCCACCUGUUCGACAUCCUGCGAAGCCUCGGUGCCCCCGCCCCAGAUAUUCACUCUGAACAAACCGCUGAUAGAAGUGCACUCGUAAUUUGCAUCGAUUCCCAUGUGCAAUGAUUGUUGCAGCUUUAACGUUUAUGCAACUAUUUAUGAAGACCUGUGUUGUAGCCGUAUUCUUAAAAAGGCAUGUACGUACCUGGUACUGCAGUAGUUGUCUGUAUUGUGUUACCUUUUAUGUAUUAAGUUCAGUAUUAAAAUCUAAAAAAAACGCCACCGAAAAGGGGGUGUUUGAGAACUAGUGUAUAAAGAUGUGUAUCUAUUAAAAUAUACAUAGGCACUUAUGCUUUCAUUUGGUCAUGAUUUUGCUUUUAUUUUCCGUAACUAUACCAAAGUUAACGAUACUUUCUGUUGAUUAUUAAUGUGUUGUUAUUUUUUCUUUCUCUUUUUUCUUUAUGUUAACUUAUAAAAGAGCACACUGAACCUAGACGUACAUGUGUUUACACAGGUUUAGUCUGGCUUUAUUUAUUCUUACUGUAAGGACUUGUUAGGUGUUCAAAUGCUUCAAAGAGCCCCCAUGUUAUUUUAAAGCUGUUAAAGUGUUUCUGCUGUGAGAAUUUGUUUGGCUUUUGUAACUAGAUGCUGUUGUGUGUGAAUAGAUUCUUGUUCUUUUUCUCCGUCGGUCAUUCUUACCAAGCAAUAGAUCUGGAGGAUGCUCACUGUGGCCCUUUAUUUGAAAUGUUUAAGAGUGCAUUAAAACCUCCUAGGAGACACAAGGACCUUCAAACGCCAACAUUUAAAGGUCAUCAUCGUCAUCAGCUUCUUUAGGUUUCUGCCGAUAAAGACUUCCAGUUAUUUGGAAUCUUUGGAUGAGCUGUUGUCUUUAGGUUAAGAAGUUAUAAUUACUGUCUUUAUCUAAUAGCCAGUAAUGUGAGGAAGGUUGUUGAAACAAAAUGUAAUGUAACUAUAAAAAUCUUUGAUGUCUUGAUUUUCGUCAGCUCUCGUUGGUUCUCCCCUAGUUGGAGUCUCUCAUUUUGUGUUGUUUUUUUUUUUUUAAUUAUUAUUUAUUGGUUUUAAAUUCCGAUUUUCCCAAAUUCAUUGCCAACAUCUUAACUUAUGAAAAGGAAAAAGAAAAAAUGUCUUUGGGAAAACUCGCCGUGUUCAUGAUGUAAAGUUGUACAGAGAGGGUCGGGGCGGUUCGGCCCACAACCAGGAUGUAAACCUCAUACCUAUGUCCUAUUUUAAAUACACAUAGAAAAAGACUGCAGCGAUGCCAUUUUGAAUGUCUUACUCUGACUUUAUUUUUCAUUUUGCAUGUAUAUUUCUUUGUACAGAGGUUCUGUGUUUUACAUGUUAUUCUGUGUUGUAAAUAUUUUAUUU